ACCCUUUCGACCAAGCUCGAUACAACCAAAAUUGGAGCCCGAUCAUGGAACUCAUUAAGACAUCUUCAUACACCCUACCAGCGCUCCUCGCCGCCGGGUUGCUACUCAACCCUUACGUCUUCCCACCUCCCCAGACACGCGAACAGAUCAUCAAGCCGAAAGAUGAACAUGUCCUCAUUCUCGGUGGAAGCGAAGGAUGUGGGAAAGGUCUGGCCGAGGAAUAUGUGCUAAAACGUGGGGCCAAAGUCUUCCUAGUCGCUCGGACGGAAUCCAAGCUUUAACACGUACAGGACGAGCUCAUCACCCGGUUAACCUCCAAGAAGGGUGUCUCAUCUGAAGAAGCUCGAUCCAGAGUAUUAUACAUGACUGGGGAUAUCAGCUCGUCUGAGGAUCUGACCAAGGUCAGGGAAAAGGUCGUACAAGAAUGGGGCAGGCUAGAUACGUUACAUAUCAUCUCCGGAGUACCUUCCACGCAGACGAUCUACCAGGCCACCGGGCUCGAUAUGGUGCCCGCCACCUCUCAAUCAUCGACCUCGUCACGAUCUCCUUCUGUAGCAACGCCAGCAAGAACUCACAGAUUUGUACCUGGCGGAGAAAGGGACACCCCGGUCGAGGAGAGAUCGCUACCGGAAAACGACGCGUUGAAAGAGUUGGAAGAGGAAGGGAUGCGGUUGGCGGCGAUCAACAUGAAUGGCGUGGUCCUCUCUGUGGGGUGUUUCCUCCCCCUGUUAUCAUCAACUUCCCCCUCCCCGCUCAUCCACCACCUCUCUUCCGUAGCCGCCCUCGUCCCGGCCCCGACGAGGAUGUUGUACUCGGCCACCAAGACAGCUGGUUUAGCCGCUUUCAAGACAUGUGCGGUGGAAUGCGCGCGGGAUGGGGGCAAGGGGAGUGGAGUUAGGUUCUUAGCGGUUUGCCCUGGGACGAUCGAUACGGGAUUCAGGGAAAAAUCCACCAGCGCGAUGAAGAAGGGAGGCAAGAAGGAUCCGCUGGCGGAUGCGCAGAGUGAGAAGGUCGGAAAGGUCUUGUCUGUGCAAGACACGGUCGACUCGAUCAUCUAUCACGCAUCCCUCCCACCCAAAUCCUCUCCGCUCGUCCUCUAUCUACCUAUCCCGAUCCCCUUCCUCAGGGACCUCUUGAAGAUCCAAUUGCCGUUCAUCAAGGUGCCUCCCAAGAACAUCGUCGUCCUCCCGGAAUGGCCGUACAAGAUGGGUUGGUGGGUGGAUGCUACUUGGCUGAGAGGGAUCGUAGAGAGGAUGGGCAGGAACAAGUAUGGGUUGGUAUAGCCGGCAGAUUUUGGGGUUUCAGGUGGAACGUGAGAAUUGAGUAUGUUUUCUGUACCAUGACGGUUCCGUCCGCACAUGACGUUUGCAUCGCUCAUUGUAUUCUGGACUUUCGUACCAAACUCUCGCACACCCGGUUGGUCAAAGUUGAAACCUGGAUGUGAUAUCGUCAUACAUCUCCCUUCACACCCGUCGAUACCGGGCCGGACGAACGCC